CGCAAAAAUCUCCUCAGUCAAACUAAAAAAGAUGCGAGUAUUAUUGGCGACUAUUUCCCUGACAUAUGUAAUGCAAUAAUGUGAAUGUCAUUCCAGUUUUAAGGGAAAAAAUGAUCAAUUUGGCUAAUAUGUGGUUUUAGGUCAAAGGAGAAAGAUAGCUGCUUUCUUGCUGAGGAGAUGGUUAAUUUUGUGAUAAACCUUGAAUACUGGAGCUAUAGUUGGGCCCCACUGAUGAGAAAUAAUCCAUUAGAAGGUUAUGAAAUCGGUAAAAACAAAACUGUGAUAGAUCAUGUGCCCCAGACAAACAUAAACAAAGAAAGGAAGGAUGAAUUGUGGGAUUGCUAAUUAGCAUAUCAUCGACGUCCGCCAUCUUAUUUCUCUUCGGGAAGCAGAAAAUGGGAAAAAUACAGUGAACAUUUUUACAAAAUUGUGCAUCUCUAUAGAUGUUAGAGUGCUAUAGAUAGCAGGAAAAUGGGUGCAUUUACAAGUAGGCAAAAUGCUGGUGUAGAAGAGCUGGACAUUGCGGCGAAUUCAGCCUACAGAUAUCCCCCGAAAUCAGGAUGCUACUUUGGCAGCCAUUUCAUCAUGGGAGGGGAGCGGUUCGACACCACCCAGCCAGAGGCCUACCUGUUUGGAGAGAACUCAGACCUGAAUUUCCUGGGGAACAGACCACUACCAUUUCCCUACCCUGCACCCCAGCCAAAUGAACCUACAAAAACUCUGAAGAGCCUGGUCAACAUCAGAAAGGACUCUCUCAGACUAGUCAGAGUUGAACCAGAUCCUGAACCAGAAGAAGGGGAGGAUGAGGAGAAGGAACAUUCUCCCAAAUACAACGUGGAGUUCACGUUUGACACAGAUGUCAAAGUCGGCAUCACCAUCCACUACUUUGCUACAGAGGAGAUUGUCAAUGGUCUGGCUGUGUACACUUCCAAUGACCCAACGCUCACCUCUGAGACAGUCCACUACAAGCGAGGAGCCAGUCAGAUGUUUAGCCUGCCCAGCCAUGUGCUGGAGCCCAGCAUGUGGAACAUCGAUGAUUUUAGCUAUGAUGCAGACAAGCAGGUCAUCCCCAUGGUGAUUCAGUGUUGUGUAGAGGAGGAAGAAGAACAUGCAGAAAACUUAGGGCAUGCCCACAUGCUGUUUGCUACAUUCGAAAAGAAUUCUGAAGAGUGCUUUACUGUCAAACCUUUGAAACAGAAGCAAAUGGUGGAUGGACUGUGCUACCUGCUACAGGAGAUCUAUGGUAUUGAAAACAAGAACUCCCAGGAAACUAAGCACCAGGAGGAUGACAUAGAUGACAGUGGUUCGGAGUGUGUGAUCUGUAUGUCAGACAUACGGGACACUCUCAUCCUGCCCUGCAGACAUCUCUGUCUCUGUAACGGCUGUGCUGACUCCUUGAGAUAUCAAGCUAGCAACUGCCCCAUCUGCAGACAACCAUUCCGUGCACUGCUACAGAUGCGAGCCAUGAGGAAGAAGACAAGCCUGACGCCGGCUGUCACUCCUCAAUCAGAGGCAGAUGAAGUGCAGGUAAUACAGGAGAAUAUCCCCCCUGGCUACGAGGUCAUCCCCCUGAUAGAAGCACUGAACGGUCCCAGCAGCAGCUGCACCACCCCCCCUCCACCUGUCUCUGGGACACAUGAAGGAGAAACCCUGAUUGCAGAACCUUUAGUGGUGACGAUGCCACCAUCCCCGCAAGGCAGCAAGCCUCAGGACUCAGUUACAUGCAGGCCCAAGUCCAAGAGCAAGAGGAAGAGGUCUGGUGGUUCCUCCCUGCGAGGGACGGCGGCUCUGGAGGGCAUGAGUCGGCAGCAGCAGGCUCCCGAGGCCAAGCUGGUGGCACCGCCAUGUGACAAGUCUGACAGAUCAGACGCCUCCUCUGUGGGCACUGGUCCUUACGUCACUACGCCUGAUGAUAGCGAGUCAGCUAUGUCACCUUCUAUUGUCUCAUCAGUGCCCCCAUCAGAGGUUGACAUAUCGGAGAGGUCUUCUCUGGGAGGAGAGGUGACGACACCUGAGACACCUGCGGCGUGUUCCGCGCAGGUCUCGUCCAUCGGUACACCUGGGAUCACUCCCUCCUGUACGGUGGACGGGGACCUCAGUCAGCAGGACCCAGAGGGAAGCUCUUACAACACCGCUCCUGACGCCUCCUCGCCCCUCUCCCUCCCCACAACACCUCUGUCUCCUGCCGACCCCUCCAUUCAGCUCCUUCCCAAGAUGCACCAGCUUCAGCUCUCUACCCAUGAUGCUCUGCUGGAGGCUUCGCAAAGUACCAAACAGGACCUCGACAUCUCCCCCUAUUCCGACGCCUCCGAAAAUCCUUGUCACGAUUUCGACCAUUUCAGUCCUAAAAACCAUCCCAACUCUUUGGCCAUUAUUUCCAACCAAGUGGCUACCUUAGCUUCUGAAGAGGACCCUCUCUCUUCGUCCUCAAGCAAAGAUGCCGGGCCCGUGGGGAUUUUCCUCGACAACAUUCCGUACGCGGACUGCUCGUCGGCUGGGUCUGGUACCCCCCAGGGGGCCCCAGACGAUAACAAAGACACCCAGCCGCCAAAAUUCGGUCCACACGUGUUCGCCAAGCUUGGUCCUCCUUUGGUUGCUCGAUUGGCCUUUGAAAAUGAAAAACCUGCUUCUGACAGAUGCACCCUUCCUGAGGGAGACUGUCCUGCCAACAAUGGUUCUCUGAAAGAGUCCCACUCCUCCCCUUCCUCUCCUUCUCCUGUCUAUAGUGAAGCGCUAAGUCAGGUUCCGUUUGCGGAGGGGCAUGGGCAGAAGGACACACCUGAGGAACAGGUGUCUGCAGGUGCUACUAGCCAGGAAAACAGACCGGGUCCCUCUGGCGCUAACCUGAAGUCGUUUGUGGUGCCCAGAGGUGAUGAUCCUCGGAAGGGCGCCACAGCUGCGCCGAGGGACUACGAUUACGUCGUCAUUCACGAGGAAAGUCAUGGGGACGACGAAGCAAGUGAAAAUGACGAUGACGAAGAGAAUGAAAAUGAUGAUUUUGAAGGCCCAGCCUUGCGAGUCCCGCCCAUCGGCGUGAUGCGGGAUGCUGAAGCCAUGGACAUCCCCGCCUCCGACAAGACCUCCAUGGACAACGGCUGUGUGGAGCUGUCCCUCCCCGGCACCCCGCUGUCCAGCGACAGCUCGCGCAGCGGGAACAGCGUGAGCAGCACGCGGCAGCUCCUGAGCACGCCCAGUAACGUGCAGCUGGAGGAGGAGGAGGAGUCCCACAUCUCGCCACUGCUGGCAUGAAACUAGUCGUAACAGCCGCAGGGGGUAACACAGCUGACGUAACGGCUCCCUUGUCCCCACCUCUGUGUCAUCUUUCAAAAACCUGAGUGUCUCUUAGACAAACCUGUACCGUCAACUGUAGCCUUACUUAUGUGUGCUCAGUGUACAUUCCUUUUCUGGAUCUACUAAACAUACUUUUGAGAGCUGCCCUGUCUGUAGAGUAUUGUGUAGUUUGUUCUGUUGUUGAUUGAUGUAGUGGUGGACCUGUCUGUCCACUCCUGUUACCAUCCAUGGCUGUUGGGACUAGUUGGGAUGCCGCAGGGGUGAGCACCCUCCUCCACAUGCACCAUCCGGGCUGGACCAGUCGGACUCUCACCACAAUCAUAAUGUACCACAACUACUACAGAAAACCUUGUUGUUUUUUUUUAUGUAAAAGGUUACUUGGAAGCAGUUAUUGUAGGUUCCACAACUUACAUUUGUCGUUUUUUGGAUUUGCUUGCAUAAGAAUCUUUUCAUUUUGAGGUAAUGAUAUGAAGAAAUCCAAACUUCUCUGCAAUAGUUCCUGAUUGUGUUUUCAAGUGUUUUCUUUUUUUAUACCUCUCCUAUGAGUGUUUGAAAAGUAUUCCAAAGCCUUGAUGUAUUGCUAAGUUAGUACAUAACCACUUUAGGAAAGUAAUAUUUUAAAACUCAGAUUGUGUUGUAUGUUGCACCUUACUUUUAUUUACUCUUACUUGAAAUAUUUUGUGGAAAAGAUCAUAGAAACAAUUCUGUAAUCAAUGGAUCUGAUGUGGCUCAGAAAUUGUGGUAAAACCUUACCGAUAGCUGCCUAAUGACACUGUAAUGCAAUAUCAUGAUCGAUAUAGACAAAGCCAUUAUAUCAUGGCACCUACACUGAUCUACCUGUACAUCUGUAUGCUACUUGUUAAUGUCAUAUUGCUCUGCUGGAUUGUGUAAAUAUGCUUGUAUGUACCUUAUGCGGAUGAAGAAUUGACAUGCCAAGAUUCCCUUUCCUUUGCAAAAGGAAGUAUGUAUGCAGAUGAUAACAACUGAAAACUGAUGAAUAAUUUUUGGAAGAGUUUCUUGCACCUGAAAAAAAAAACUAUUGAUGUAUAGAAAAAAGGAUUGAUUGUAAGAUUGCAUAGAUAUGAUAUCCCCACAUAGGAUUGUCUGUGCAAGGAUGCAUGGGUUGGGUAACAUGUAAAGCUUUUAGCCAUAGUCAAUAAAUAAUCAUUGCUGUACAUUGUAAUUUUCCUGUGUAGUGUAUGAAUUAUCUGCAUGGCUAAAUAAGACUGCAGGAAUAAGGAUCACAAACUUCAAGAUAAA